AUGUUUCUCACCAGCCUACUUAGGCUUUUGCGAUAUCUCUGUGUGCUGUGUGGUACACUGCAGGAAACACGCAUAAAAGGUCUUCCCGUUAUUGGCAUCGAAGAUUACACCAUAUACUGCGACGAAGCUGAUGAGAAGAAAGACACUCCUCAACAAAGGCCUGCGUCAAGCUGCGUCCGGUUUUCUGCAAAUGGAGACCGUCCUCCUCAAGGCCUUUAG